GCCUCUGCAAUGUCAGCAGGCGCAGCGGCGGCGACACGAGCGGCAGCGGUCCGGGCCCUGCGCUAGCCGGCUUCACCGCACGGCCCGGCCCGGCAGGCGUGAACGCGCGAGCCCGCGGCCCCCAGCUACUCAGGGCGCCGGCUCUGCGCGCCCCUGCCCGGCCCGGCGCGGCUCUCGGUCUCUGGCCCGCCCGGCUGCGGCCGCGCACAAAGCACCACGGACACCGGGAACCGGGCUGCUCCCGCCGCUCAUCCGUGCGCCCGUUCCUCACCCGCACGGCUCGUUGUGACCGCGGGGACGCCGCCCGCCAGCGCCUGAGCGGUCCGCGCCUCUGCGCCACGGCCACCGGUACCGAGGGUGGCCCGCGCCGUGCGCACUGAGGGGUCGCCGGUCGCUGCCGCCCCUCACGCCUCGGGGACGGGAGCCCGGGGCAGCCCCGCGCCGGCCCGUGCCUAAAAUGGCCACGCUGCUCCGCAAGAUCGGGCUCAUCCGCCUGCACAACCGAGACACCGAGGACCCCAAGCACCACCACAACCACCGCGGUGGCGGCGGUCAGCAGAGCGCGUCGCUGCGCGGCAAAGGCGGCGCCAAGAGCGGUGGCCACAAGCAGGCGCCGCACCCCGGGGGCGCGGGCGACGCCAGCCCCGGGCCCGGCAAGGGCAAAGGCAAGCGCGCAGCGGAGCUGGCCCCGCGCGACAAGCAGCCACAGCCACCGGGGGCUGCCGGCGCGGCUGGGGCCUCGGGUGCAGGGGGCCCCCGGGAGCGGGUGGCGGGCGCCAGGGCGGGGCCCGGGCCCGCGGUGGCCGCGGCGGCGACAGCGGGCAGCAGCCUGGUGCCCGCGGCGCGGCAGCAGCACUGCACGCAGGUGCGCAGCCGGCGGCUCAUGAAGGAGCUGCAGGACAUCGCGCGCCUGAGCGACCGCUUCAUCUCGGUGGAGCUGGUGGACGAGAGCCUCUUCGACUGGAACGUGAAGCUGCACCAGGUGGACAAGGACUCGGUGCUGUGGCAGGACAUGAAGGAGACCAACACCGAGUUCAUCCUGUUGAACCUCACCUUCCCCGACAACUUCCCCUUCUCGCCGCCCUUCAUGCGGGUGCUCAGCCCGCGCCUGGAGAACGGCUACGUGCUGGACGGCGGCGCCAUCUGCAUGGAGCUGCUAACGCCGCGCGGCUGGUCCAGCGCCUACACCGUGGAGGCCGUCAUGCGCCAGUUCGCCGCCAGCCUGGUCAAGGGCCAGGGGCGGAUCUGCAGAAAAGCUGGCAAAUCAAAAAAGUCCUUCAGUCGCAAGGAAGCGGAAGCAACCUUUAAGAGUUUGGUGAAGACUCACGAAAAAUACGGCUGGGUCACCCCGCCCGUCUCGGAUGGCUGAUGUUGGUCCGAGCUGGGAUGCUCCAGCCGCCCCGUCCACACACUUCGACCCCAACAUCGCCCCACCGCCGCGCAUCUUCCACCCUUUUCUACUCCAGCCAGAACUGCAUCGUGAACGCGCGUUACUGAUGAACAGAUGUGUUUGCAGAAAGAGCAGACGCUGCCCCUCCCCUGUUUCCAUGAUCAGCAAAGGAGCGCACCUCUGAGUCGCUUUAAAACAGAUGUGGAGAUGGUGACGUCCCCCAGCCCGCCCGCCCGCCCCCUCCCGCCCUGUCACCCUGCCCUUGGCUUCUUUCCUGCCAGCAGCUCCACGGAGCCAGCACGAAGCCCGCGGCCCUCGCUGGCUCUGUUUCCGUGUAAAUGAUGCGUUCAUCCCUCCCAGGAGCACCGGGUGGUGCCGGCCCGAGUGCUGCGCUCUGCAUCCGUCCCUCUCCCUGGCAGGUCAGCGUGAUGUGAAGACGUGUCCUUCUUCCUGUGGCCUGUGGUCUGCUGUGACGACCUUUAGACCUCAUUUGUGCUCCGAACUUUGGCUCAUGACAACAAACUUAACCUUAGCAGGUUCCUAGUGAGUUAAGACCACAACUGCCCACUCGGUCCAAACGCGUGCUCUCAGCUGACUUCGUGGUAUGCUGCUGCCCACAGAGAAACCAGUGCCAUUCGAUGGGAGACAAGGAUGAGGUGGUCACCAGGGCGGUUGGGGGCGCCGAUGCCACGUGCACCCCGGAGCUCAGAGCUGUGUACGGGCCUGUCAGAUCUUAGGAAAUGCUCGACCACAGCGUGUUUGUCUCCCUGUCUUCUCUCAGCCACCAAAAGCAAAAGACAGUUCCCCAUUCGCCGCGGUCAUCUGACUCACUUUAUUCUAUGUGCUAGUGACAGGGAAUUCCAGAACUGCCAAAGGAUACCAAGUGAUCGUACAACGAUUUGCAUGACCGGGCCUGUUUCUUCACUCAGUAGUCACUUGUGUGUCCCCCAGGGUUGCCAUGCGAACCCCCUGGCUGUGGUGUAAACCUCCUGUUAUUUAAUCUCCCCACGGUUUCAUUUCUUCUCUUCUGUUAAGUUACUUAGAACUUUCUAAGAAACUCCAUGAAAUGAGGAAGUACUGUUUAUAGAAACAUGAGGGAAGAGGGAAAAUGUUCAUUCCAAGUGGAAAAUCUUCUUGGACACAUUUUAAAUAAAAUCAUGCAUACCUGA